CUUAUUGAAUGUAUAGUCACAGUCCUGUGUUUAUUAUUUUCAAUAUGACGUGCAAUUGAAUACACGUGUUGUGAAUGAGAAAUUCGAAGAUUUAUAACAGUGAAGUGUUAAAUACAUACCUUGUUUAAUUGAAAUAUAUUAUAAACUGUGUACCACUGCAUAUAUUUCACGAUGCUUAAACAACGUGAGCCAAUAUCAGCAUUCGCAAUGUAUGCUAUGAAACGUAAGAAUGUAGAACUAUCUUCAAAAUCAAAGAAAUUAAAAAAAAGGCAUGCUUCUCCUGGGAAAAAAAGCAUUUCAAAGAAUAAUAUUAAACGUGAAGUACAGGAGAAGACAAAGCAAACAGCUGCACAAAGAACUGUUCAACGCGCAAAUAAAGUUCCUACAAAUAAGAUUCAAAUCACAAAGAAAAAGAAUGUUGUAUCUAAAAAACCUAAUCGCUCUGUCACUUCUAAGAAAAAUAAAGUAGUUCAUAAAGUAAUACAUAAUAAGAAAAAUAACAAUGUACCAGUAGCCACUAGUCUAAAAGAAAAGGAAUCAAAGAAGAAAGGAAAAGGUUCCCUUUUAACCAUGAAUACAGGUGUUGCAAAAAUGAAACAAAUUACACACAAGCAAAAUAAAAGCAGAAAAUUGAAAAAGGAUGAUGAACAAAAAGCUUACACUAAAAAUGAAGUAUCUGAAGAAGAUCAUCAGAAUCCAUUGAUAACCAGCCACGUUAUAUUUGGAUGGUUAAUACACCCAAUGAAAGUAGAGGAUUUCUUUGAAAACAAUUGGGAAAAAACACCAGUUCACAUUAAGCGGAAAUUUCCAAAUUACUACAAAUCACUCAUGUCCACUCCAAUGUUAGAUAAAAUAUUAAGAGAAUCUUAUAUAAUGUUCACCAAAAAUAUUGACAUCACCUCGUACGAAAACGGUGUUAGAGAAACACAUAAUCCUGUUGGUCGUGCGGUACCUAGUGUUGUUUGGGAUUAUUAUAUGAAUGGAUGCUCUGUUAGAAUGUUGAAUCCACAAACGUACAUACCAGACUUAUAUAAAUUAAAUGCUGUCCUUCAAGAAUUUUUUGGUUGUUUCGUCGGUGCAAAUUCUUACUUAACACCGCCUAAUAGCCAAGGAUUUGCACCCCAUUACGACGACAUCGAAGCUUUUAUAUUACAAGUUGAAGGAAAGAAAAGAUGGCGACUGUACAAACCGCGAAACGAAAGCGAAUAUUUAGCGAGGUAUUCCUCAGAGAACUUCUCGCAAACUGAAAUUGGUGAACCGAUAUUGGAUACAAUUGUAAACGAAGGAGAUUUGUUAUACUUUCCUCGAGGGACCAUUCAUCAAGGUGAAACCUUGGACGACACGCACAGUCUCCAUAUCACGUUGAGUGUGUAUCAAAAAAAUAGUUGGGGCGAUUAUUUAGAGAAACUGCUUCCUGAAGCGUUAAACACCGCCAUAAGAACCGACAGUGAAUUUCGAAAAGGAUUGCCUCUUGAUUAUUUAAGACACACUGGCUACGUGCAUUCUGGAAAUCAGAGCAAUAGCAAAGAAGAAUUCAAAGCGAAAAUAAAAAAUUUAUUUAACAAGUUGAUAGAUCAUAUGGACAUGGACAAAGCUGCAGAUAUGAUGGCUAAGGGUCAUGUAUACGAUUUUCUACCACCAGCUCUGUUUGAAAUUGAACGAGAAUGUUCGGUUGUUGAAGAUGGUGAGCAGAUGACUGCAAAUGGAGCAGUCAAAAAUAGAGUAGAGAUAGAACCCGAUACUAGGAUACGAUUAAUGAGAUCUCAUUGUAUAAGAUUGAUUAAAGAAGAUGAAACAUUUAGAAUAUACUAUUCCACCGAAAAUUCAAAAGAGUAUCAUGAGUACGAACCACAAUUUUUAGAAGUUAGCAAAGAAUUCGUACCUGCUGUACAAGAAAUAAUAUUGCAAUAUCCUGAGUUUAUACGAGUCGAAGAUUUGCCAGUUGAGGGUGAACAUAAUAAGGUACAAAUAGCCAAAGACCUCUGGGAGAAAUGUCUUGUCGUAACAGAGAAUCCAUUAUGCGUUUUGGAGUGAAUACAUGAUUUUACCUAAUUUGUAAAAGAAUUCAGUGACAAAAUAAAUACAGUAAUUUGAAGAUUUUUUUAAAUGUUUAGUAUUUUAAUUUUGAUAUUUGUAUACAAGGAAUACCGACUGAUAUGCCGUUUAAAUAAAUAUUUGUAACAUGGUAUUAGUA